AUGCCUCGCUUCAAGACAAGUGAUGUCGUUGACUCCGAGACACAGCGAUGCACCUUUGCAGAGCUGUCCUUGUCAGCACCCUUGCUGCGAAGCCUGCAAGAGAUGGGCUGUGAACAUCCCUCACCUGUGCAACUACGAACCAUUCCGGAGGCGCUUGGUGGAGGAGAUGUCAUCGUGCAGGCCAAGUCUGGAACAGGCAAGACAAUUGCCUUCUGCUCUGUGGUGCUGGAAGGUGUGAACACAUCCAGCUCGGGAACAUCACAGGCCAUCAUCCUGGCGCCAACACGCGAGAUUGCCAUGCAGAUCUCCGACGAGCUGCGAAGACUUGGCUGGUACAUCGUGCCAGUCCUGGAUGUUGCCUGCUUCAUUGGUGGCGUCCCUGUAGAAGAAGACGAGGAGAGGCUUCAGUCCAAGGGAGCACCGCACGUCGCAGUCGGAACGCCUGGUCGCAUGUUCAAGCUCUUGCGCGAUGGCCUUCUCCUCACAGAUGCGCGGUUCCUCGUCCUCGAUGAAGCAGACAAGCUGCUGGACGAAAAUUUCCGCAUUGAGCCAGUUCUUAACGGGGCCCGGGGCGGCCUCGAAGCCUCUGCGGCCAUGGCCCCCAAAAAGGCCAAAGCGGAGGCAAAGCAGCCGAAAGCCAAGGCCAAGGGCGCUGCAGCCCCUCAGGCCGAGGAGCCUCCAAAAGAAGAGAAAGAAAUGAAGGAGGAAGAAGCAUUGAAAGAGGAGGUCAAGGAAGAAAAACCUCAGGAGGAGGCACAGCCCAAGCAAGAAAGCGAAGCGGAGGGUCCGAAACAGGACGCCGCAGAAGAGGCACUGCAGGAGGACGCCCAAAUGGAAGACAAGGAUAAAGAGCGUGAAGAAGAUGCGCCCAAAGACAGCAGAGCAAAGGUGAAUGCAGGUACGGUGGCUCUCAACCUUGAUGAUUCGACGCUGAAUGCGAUGCCUGUCUGCGGCGGCAAAGUGCUCAUGGCGCUCACCGAAGGGGGGAUGCAGUACCUACUUGCCUCCGCACGUUGCAGUGCCGGCAUUAAGGCCGGUCGCUACAUGUACGAGGUCAGGAUCUUGGAGUCGCUGAACCCAUGCGAGACAGCGGGGCACGGCCGAGUCCCGAACCCGCGCCAGCUGGUCCGAGUGGGCUUCUCCUUGAAAGGAGGCUCCUUGUUCCUCGGCGAUGGGGAAAACAACUGCUCCUUCGACUCCGAAGGCUUUUUUGUGGACGACAAAGCCAGGAGAAGAGCUUCCUACAAGUUCGUCAGAGAUCAAACUGUGGCCGUCCUCCUGAAUCUAGACCCCUCUAUGGCGAAUGCCAACACAGUGAGUCUCUUCAUCGAUGGCCAGCGCGCGUCUGAUCCACAGCCGCUGCCGGAAGCUCUUAUCGGCAAGCCCCUGUACCCGACGGUGACUUACAAGAAUGUGUCCUUGGAGGUGAAUUUUGGGCCAGCUCCGCGCACAUCCCUGCCGUUCACCUGCACCAUGCUCGCCCACGCUGCAGCGGAAGAUCUUGAGAUCCCAUCUGUAGCGAAGAGGAAGGACGGCAAGGGUGAGCUAGUGAUGCCAGUGGGACUGCCCGACACCGGCUAUUUUGACUGGGUUGACAAGUUUCUCGUCGACAACCCCGACUUCGUGGAGCUCAGCGACCGGAAGAUGUUGGACUGGGCUUGGAAGAGCGGAAUCUGGAAGGCUGGGAAAUACUACAGUGGAUCUGGCGACAAGCCAGAGGCAAGCACUGGUGUGCCAGCAAUUGACGAUUGGAGCGUCGGCCGAAUCAUUUCAGCAGUAGCACCCACCUUCCCGCGGAAGUACAUCAUCCCAGAGAUGAAGGCUAACCUUGUGAAGUCUGAGCGUGACGAGGGCCUUAUGCGAUUCACGUCCGCAGACUUUCACCGCAAGGCUGUCGUCAUCAUGGGGGAGCCUGAUCAGCAGUACAAGGAGUGGAUCCAGAAGCUAGUGCUGGAGGAGAAGCAGGCUCAGGCAGAGGCAGAGAAAAAGAAAAAACAAGCGGAGGCUGAGCGCCAACGGCAACAAAAGCGGCAGCAGGAGGAAAGAAAGCGGAAAGCCGAGGCGGCCCGAAAGAACUACGAGGCCGCCAAGCGUCGGAGGCUCGGGGAGGAAGUCGAGGAGACCGAAGAACCGGAAGAGGCUCCGGCUGAAGAGCCGGAGGACGAGGCUCCGGAAGAAGAGCCGGAUGUCCCAGUCGAGCUAACAGAGGAGGAGAAGGCGUUGAAGUGCCGGAAGCCCCCAAUGCCGGACAUGACAGAAAAGGAACUUGCCAGAUCGUAUGCAAGCUUUGCUCUACCUCUCAAGUCGGAGGGCUUUGAUGAGGUGGCCUAUGCCUGGGGGAAUGAGUCCAGCUGUUCCGAGUUGCUAAAGGCAUGGAUAAUGGAGAAAAAGCAAACGCAGCGUGCUGAAGACUUAGCUCCAGGAGCUGACUUCAGGCAGGCGUGGUCUGCAUGGCAGAAGGCACAGCAGGACUGGAGGAAGGCUCAAACAGAUUUUAAGGAUCCCGCGAAGAGGCGGGCCUUCAAGGAGCAGCGACUGGAGGAAGCCAAAAAGAAGAUCCAAGAGGAGAAGCAGACCCUUAUUGAUGCUGGUGACGAAGAAGGGGCGCGAGCCCUUGAAGAGAAGGUCGAGGCCGAACAGAACGAAGAGAUGGACACAGAGAAUCUUGAUGUCCUCGCAGUGGAGGACAUCAACGACAUUGGGAAUGGAGAGCCGCUCUUUGGGCAGUUCCAGUACGAAGACUGGAUCUUGCUCAGUACGAGAUAUGAGCUGCACUUGUUAGCCCAUUCCUUCAAGAAGGACCUGAAUGAUCCUGAUAGGCCAAGCUUCGAUUUGAAGCACCUGAGCUUCUACUACCAGAAGUACUACAGAAAAGCGUGGAACUUCUCCCAGUUUGGUGUCAAAGAAUUUGAGGAGCUCGUCGAGUUGCUGAAGGACUCCGUGAGCGUUGAUGCCAAUGGCCAUCUGAAGGCAGACGAGCCUGAGGAUACUCCCCUAGAGCGCUUCGUAAAGCUGACGGAGGACAAUCGAAGGGAACGCCAAAGGAGAAUAGACGCUGGCGAUGAGACAGCUCGUCUGAAGUUCUCCAGACCCCAAGCGCAACGAGGCAAUGAUCGAAGCGAGGGUAAGGGAGGAUAUGGCAAAGGUGGCAAGGGAUCCUAUGGGGGUGGCGGCGGCGGAUCUGGCUAUGGUGGUCAGAAGAGGCCAUACACGCCGCCUCCCCCUGCGCCUUACAAGCAGACAAGAACUACAUACGGCAGCGGGGGAGGUUCGUAUGGAGGUGGAGGCGGGGGUGGCUAUGCUGGCGGAGCAAGAGGCACCUACGGCCGAUGA